CCCAAUUUGGUUUCCCUUCACAACUCUGAACUCUCUCUCUGAGAAAGCAAUGGCUGCGGCUCAAGUCUCUGCUUCUCUCUCAGUUUCCAUCAGAGAUGCAAGUGCAAUUAGCUCAGCAAGUCCUGUUCGGGUUCCUGUUUUGAAUUUCGGUAGAACUGGGACGGCCUUUACUACUGGUUCUCCUCUCAUUAUUAGGACAUGUUAUCAAAGGAAGGUUGCUGGAAGAUCAAUGGCACUUUCCAUAAGGAGUGAGCAGAGCACUAAGGAGGGCGGUGGUUUGGAUGUGUGGCUUGGCCGUCUUGGUAUGGUUGGCUUUACUGCAGCUAUUGGUGUUGAGAUAGCAACAGGGAAGGGACUUCUAGAGAACUUUGGACUCACAGAACCCCUACCUACCGCUGCCUUGGCUGUUACCGCAUUGGUGGGAGUUUUAACAGCAGUUUUCAUUUUCCAGUCUGGCUCAGAAAAUAUGGGUGGAGCCAUUUCUAGACUUGCAAAGAGGUUCUUUCCAGAGAAUGGAGUGAGGAUAUUAAUGGUGGGUCUUGAUGCUUCAGGAAAGACUACCAUCCUCUACAAGCUAAAACUAGGAGAGAUUGUUUCAACCAUACCCACAAUUGGUUUUAAUGUGGAGACUAUAGAGUACAAGAACAUUACCUUCACUGUCUGGGAUGUCGGAGGACAAGAUAAGAUAAGGCCUUUGUGGAGGCAUUACUUUAAGAAUACUCAAGGACUUAUAUUUACUGUGGACAGCAAUGACAGGGAACGAAUCCCAGAAGCUCGCAAUGAGCUUCAUCGUAUUCUAAGUGAGUGUGAACUAAGUAAUGCAGUAGUCCUGGUCCUUGCUAAUAAGCAAGACCUUCCAAAUGCUAUGUGUGCUACCGAGGUUGCUGAUAAACUCGCACUCCACUUACUUGGUCAACGUUCCUGGUACAUCCAGAGUACCUCUGCAACCUCUGGCCAAGGACUCUAUGAAGGCCUUGAUUGGCUAUCUAACAACAUUAGUGCUACCAAGAAAUGAUGUAAGGGACUUCAAUGACACUCAAACUAGUCAAAUUGUGAUUUCAUAAAGUUCGGUGGAAUCAAAUUUGGUUGGCAAUGUAAUGUGAUCAGUUCUUCA